UCUUUCAAUUCAGCGCCAUUCGGGAGAGUUCGUCGUUUCUGUUCGACGGACUUUGUGCGACGUGUACGGGUGUGUGCGAAAGUAUGAAGUGAAAUCGUACCAAAAGUGUGUGAAAUGUUUAGUGUUAGUUUUUACUGUGCAUUGAAUUCAAAAUGAGUGCAAACGGAUAAUCUUUUAUUCCAUUGUUUGACCCAAAAUACUUUGUACAUUUGCGGUACACGUAACAUUUGGUAUGAACUGUUUCAAAAUGGCUGUGUUUUGAAGGACCCUUUGUUUGCUUUCGUGUGCUUCUCCAGCAUGAUAUUGGAAUCAUACAGACAGAAUUUUAACUUUGCAAGGUGAGGAAACUAUUUGACUGCAAUUUAGACUGAGAAAAUUGUGUGGAAAAUUACUGGUUCUUACGGAAUCUCGGCGUCACUUAUUGCUUUCUACUGAGCGAUAUCAACCGCUCACUGGCUACGUGGAAUGCAUGUCAUGUACCCAGAGCAGUCUCAGUAUUGCAACAGUCAGCGCACAAGUACCCAACCAGAUAUUAAGCCGGCUGGAUCGCCGGCCCAGCAGCCAGCAAAGAAACGCCGUGUGCUAAGCCCGGCAACGCUCCACGCCACCCAUCAGCAGAGACCGGACGACUCGCUUUUUAAGGAGCAGUGGUGGAGUGAGACAGGCGUGUGGGCGCCCGGGGGCGAGCCGAGCCGCGCGUGCGAUGGUGAGCGGUCUGCGCGCGCGCCUGCACCGCCCGCGCCUUGCCUCAGGCCCUGUUGCGGCGAUAACACUGUGGAAGAUAGCAGAAGCCGGAGGGCGGGCGAGGCCGUGGCGGCGGCAACGCGCCACAAGGGCGGCACGACGACGGCGCACAGCAAGCAGCUCGCGGCGGGCGGGGCCAACCCGGCCCAGCCGCAAGGUAACAAACGAUCCGGCUGCGGUGGCGAUGGCGACUACCAGCUGGUGCAGCAUGAGGUGCUCUACUCCUCGUCCAAUAGGUACGAGGUGCUGGAGUUCCUCGGCCGCGGUACAUUUGGGCAAGUGGUGAAGUGCUGGAAGAAGGGCACUAACGAGAUAGUCGCCAUCAAGAUCCUGAAGAACCAUCCCAGCUAUGCCAGACAAGGACAGAUUGAGGUUUCAAUCCUCUCCCGGCUAUCCCAAGAAUCGGCGGACGAGUUCAACUUCGUCCGCGCAUACGAGUGCUUCCAGCACCGAUCUCACACCUGCCUGGUGUUUGAGAUGCUGGAGCAAAACCUUUACGACUUCCUCAAACAGAACAAGUUCUCGCCUCUACCCUUGAAGUACAUAAGACCGAUAUUGCAGCAAGUGCUCACUGCCCUGCUCAAACUCAAGCAACUGGGUCUAAUCCACGCGGAUCUUAAGCCGGAGAACAUAAUGCUGGUGGAACCGGCUCGUCAGCCGUAUCGCGUGAAAGUGAUUGACUUUGGCAGCGCUUCACACGUCAGCAAAGCCGUCUGCAACACAUACCUGCAGAGUCGAUACUAUAGGGCACCAGAAAUAAUUCUCGGUCUGGCGUUUUGUGAAGCGAUCGACAUGUGGUCCCUGGGUUGUGUGGUCGCUGAGCUGUUCCUCGGCUGGCCACUUUACCCAGGCUCUUCCGAGUACGACCAAAUACGGUACAUCUCACAGACGCAGGGCCUGCCCACUGAGCAUAUGCUCAAUAGUGCAUCAAAAACGGCAAAGUUCUUCUACCGCGACGUGGACAGCACAUACCCGUUCUGGCGGCUCAAGACUCCCGAAGAGCAUGAGCUUGAGACUGGUAUCAAGAGCAAGGAGGCCCGGAAGUACAUCUUCAACUGUCUGGAUGAUAUUGGACAGGUCAAUGUUCCAACGGAUCUUGAAGGUGGCCAAUUGUUAGCGGAGAAGGCCGACAGAAGGGAAUUCAUUGAUUUACUUAAGAGGAUGCUUACAAUGGAUCAGGAACGCCGAAUAACACCAGGAGAAGCGUUGAAUCACGCGUUCGUGACGCUCGCUCAUCUUGUGGACUACGCUCACUGCAACAACGUCAAGGCCUCCGUUCAAAUGAUGGAGGUUUGCCGUCGUUCGGGGAGCGGCGUCGGUGGCGUGGGCGGUGUGGGCGGCGUGGGCGUGGGUGGCGAGUAUGUGGGCGGUGUUGUGGCCCCAGCACCAUCCACGGCCCACCAUCUCGCGCUCACCAUCAACCAGCAGCGACUGCGGGCUGCGCCUUACGACAACCUCUACCAGCUUUAUGGAGCAGGACGUGUGGCCGUGGGUGGAAGGCAGUACACCAGAGCUGAGCCUUUCCCGCAUCAGUUCGUCUCCUCUAUACUCUGCCAGCCCGCCUAUCAGGUACAGCAGCUGGCUGCAGCGGCUGCUGCAGCAGCUGCCGCCCAUCACCAACACGGCGUGGCUGGUGUGGGCGGCGUGGGCGGUGUGGGCGGCGUGGGCGACGUCGAGUGGCGUGCGCCCCUCAUAGUAGAGCCUGCGCCUUUGCCUGAACCGGACGUCUGGGACCUUCAUCACCAUCACCAUCACCCUCACAAGAGAUCAACAAAGCAGCAGUCGAGCGUGGCGCAUUACCAGCCCCACCAUCAGCCGCAUCACUACAGCAUGGCCAGCAGUGGUGGUAAGAAAGAGCCGACUCAACUGUCGCCGGUGAAGAAGCGAGUCAAGGAAGGCACGCCGCCAUCACGGAGGCAACAACACGAUAACACUAUCCGCCCUGGGGCGUGGGAGCCGAACACUAGCGUAGCAACUGGUGGUGGUGCGCACACCAUCACCAUACGAGACACGCCGUCACCGGCCGUGUCCGUUAUCACCAUCUCGGACUCCGAUGACGACGAGCCAAGGCACGACGCACAGCGACCGCACGAUAACAGAGGUAGCGGCGAGUGCGCUGCCGUGGUACAAGCAUCGAGUGGGGUGAACGUGCCCACGAGUGGGACGUCCGUCCCCAACGGGGCCGUUCCCACGGGGGGCGUUAUCUGUAGCGCAAGGGAUGAGCGCCAUGUCAAGCACGAGCCACAGCACCAUCACCAGCCGUGCCACCACCACCACCAUCACCAACAGCAGCCAAUACAGCAACAGCAACAACAACAACAGCAGCAGCAGCAGCAUCAACCACAGCAGCAGCAACAACAACAGCAGCAGCGACAGGCAACAGCAGCGCAAGCGACGCCACAAAGUCAGAAAAAAAGACUACUUGCGCUUGCGCAGCAAGAAGCGCAGGCCAAGCAUGAACCGCAUCACGAACAACACUAUAAUACGGGUGGCAACGUGCGUCAAGCGAACGAAUACCAAUGCAACCAGUACGUGCCUAAUCAGCACAAUAAGAGGGAUAGUAACGGUGGUUGUCGCGAUUACAUACCCGCUAGUGGAGUGGUUCCAGUCAACGCUGUGAAUGCUGUUAACGCAGUGAGUGCGGUUAACGCGGUGAGCGCGGUUAAUGCCGUCAACGCUGUUAACGCUGUCAGCGGCGUUAACAGCAUGGCCGGGAAUAUGAACGUCAACGCGCACAAACACGCCUGGCACCACCAUCCGCACACGCAUUAUAAGAGCGGCAGUGGAGGAGUAUUGUCUCCGCCAGGGGUCGUGUCUCCCGGCUAUUUGGCCCCGCCCCUCUAUGUGCCCACUUAUCACUACCACACUGGCGGUGUGAGCGGAGUUAGCGGUGUACCAGGGCCACCUCCGGCACACCACGCAAGUGGGGCUCGAAUUCCGGGAUACCUGCAGCCCUAUUCGCCCACCUAUCUCGUCCAUCAACAUCCGCACCAGCACCUCUGGUAUACCGAUUGAGUUGCCCACGAUUGGCAAUGAUCACGAUCAUAUAUGACCGCGAACGGGAAUGACCGCGAACGGGAAUGACCGUGAUCGGGUGUGACCGCGAACGGGAAUGACCGUGAUCGGAUGUGACCGCGAACGGGAAUGAUCGUGAGAGUCGGCGGUUAGGACGCGAGUGUAUUACGCGUCCUAUAAUGUUAUAUAAACGUGAAUAUAAGUGUUUUGUAUAGAUUAUAGUGAAUGUGAUCGUUAAUUAAUCAAUUGGUCGUCGGCCGCGAUCACGAAUGUUUUGUUUUGGUGAUUUAUUUACUUGAUUUAAUGGUGAGAAUGAUCAAUGCAAUACGAAGUACGAUUGUACGUAGACGAUUUUAGUGAAAAUAUGUUUUUACUAUGUUUGAUGGAUUAGGUUUUUACGAGUAGAUAUAGUUGCGCACAUUCGUGGCCUUUACCGUCGCUGUGGUUUGGAUACGUCGUCGGUAAGCGCCCACGAGCGGUUCAAAGUGGAAAAAUAUCUAUCACACUGCAAUAUUUUAAAUCCAAAAUCUUAUGACUAGUGUGUACGCGUUUCCUAUUGACGGCUGAGGCGCGAUUUUUUUCCGAUUUUGCGAUUUGAUCGCAAUCGCUUUUUUGCGACCGCUGAAUAGGUCAGUGAUGGUCGAGAGUUUCCUUUUAUUUAAGAGUAGGUUGCAUUUACUAAUGUUUUAUCUAGGUGUUAGUACCGAGGUGUUAUUAACAUGAUCUAUUUACGAUUUUUUUGUUUGAGAUUUUUGAUUUUCAUAUCAAUUAGGGUAGUUUCAUAAUGCUGUGUUUAAUUCUGUAGAUAUAUGUAGGACGCGGUGAUGGCAUAUGUAUAGGUUUCUAAGAAUUUUAUCAAUUAGACAUAGAUAUGUAUAUUUAGGUAGUGAAUUUGAUUUUUUGUUUUGUUUAGACGGUGGUGUCGGUGUGGAUUUUUUUUUAUCAAUAUGGCAACACUGAAUUUUAUUUUCUAUUUUGCAACACUGGAUUCUUUGUCGAUCAGGCAACCCUGUUGAAAUAAAUUUUGUCUAUCUGGCUACAAUGUUGAAAUCAAUUUUAUUGCUAUCUGGCAACACUGUCUGUUUGAGAUCAUGUUUAUUAUAUAUUCAAAUUAUUCUAUAAUUUCUCUUCAAAUCAAUGUCCACCGAUAUCACCAGUAUGGCGCUUUUAAUAAUUUGCUAAUUUCUAACGCGUCAAGCGACUGGGUGAUGAUUUGUUUACGACGGGCCCGUUUUAUUUUAUGUACCUUUAACUCGCUUCAUCGCGUGACACUUAUGUGUCAGCUGUCAAAGUGACGUUUCCAGAGGAUGCUAUUUAAUGAAAUUUUUUUUAAUUGUCUGUUUUUAAAGACCCGUAGUUUUCUAAUAUAAUAUUAUCAGUAACUAAGCCUCUAUCUAACAAAAACGAUACUAGUUUGCAAGUGGUUUUUUUAUUAAUACGGAUUUUGAUGAAAACAUAUAUUUUUUAAUAUCCAUUUUAUAAUACAUGAAUUUGAUUUCAAAUGACGCGCUAACUUAAGAAAGAUGUUAGCGAUUUCAUCUUUUUUUUUAACUUAGAAAGUUAGUUGUUAAAAAUAAACUUAAAUAGUAAUUGGUACCAUUUGAUAAGUCGUAAAAAUGUUCAUGACGUAACAUUUUUCAUUUGACAAUUAGCACCGUGAAUGCUUGACAGCUGUCACGUGACGUCACGCGUGGCGACCAUUUUAGUUUAAGUAUUUAGCCUGGCGACCGCCAUUUUAUCCUACGUUUGUCAAUUUUAUUUAAUGUAUAUUCCAUUGUGGAUUUAUUUUGCUGUCUGACAAUAAUUUUAUAUGAAGUAUUGUAGGGCUGACACUUUUUCUAAAUGUCCCUAUUUUCAUACACAAGCGAGUGUGGAACGGCUUUAGAUUUAAUUCAACCCUACAAUGUUAUCCAUUUAUCAUAAUAAUCUAUUAUUUUUCCUAAACUUAGUUUUGCACGAAUUAUUAUACGGUAUUGGUAAGCAAUAUAUUUUAGUCAUUGAUCUCCCAUAAUCCUUACGGGCAUAAACGGUUAACUAAACACCGUUUUUGAGUGACGCCGUUAAACCUUGGUGGUCGUUCUUUGUGUACAAAGGCCAAUUUAUUUUGUCUGUCUGUCUCAAUGGUCUAAUGAUAUAUUUUGAUUACCUCAUUCGAAUUUGGUCUAUGGCGUGUCACAAAUUGAUAGUUAUAUCAUUUGACAGCCGUUUUUAUCGAUUAAUAAGGUUGGAACAGUACGCACCGCAGUCGUGCCGCAUGUUUAAAGCAUGCGUGAUUAUAUCAAAAAUUGUAAAGUUCAUAUUGAUGAAUUGAAAAAAAUCUGGAACGUUAUUGAAAAGGCCUUCCAAUCUUAUUUAUCUUAAGAAAUUGCGACUCGUAGCCAUUACGAUUGGUAUUUUAAAUAUAGAAUCCGUAUAAUUUAGCGUUUGGUUUACUCGAUAAGCAAAAGGAAUGUUAUUUUUAGUGAACUAAGUUUGUAUAUGGGGCACGCGAUUAUGUAAAUGACCGACUUCUGUGAUUUAGUGAAUGAAAAUGUACAUUUUGUUUGGGUUGUUGCAAUAAAAUUCAUUUUCGUAUAAAAUUUGUUCAGAACCGGCCCCGGUUUCACCGUUAAUUAAAUGUACAAAUGCAAUUUCGAGGAGCUCCGGUCAAUCGAUAAGUCCGUCUUAUUAAACUUUAAAGUACUUGUCUAUGUCAAAUUAUAGUCUAUGACAGAGUGCAAUAGUUAAUAAGACUGAUUCAGUUGAACGAGUGACCGGAGAAUGAGUGAACAUGUCCGCUGUCGCUCCAAGGUUAUCUGUCGGUGAAACUAUUAGUUUUAAGUUAACAUUACGUACCGAUGGUACUAAAAGCUAAAUAUAUUGGGUAUUUUGUUUCUAAUGUUAGAUUUUAAGUGCUUGUAGCACGAUUAUGAACCAUUAACAUUAAUUUGUGGGUGAUCAGGGGAUAGCACUGAUGUGGCUUAAGAUUUUUUUUCUUCUUUAAUAAUCGCAUAGUUAUUAUGAGUAUUGUAAAUAAACAUCCAAAUAUCCCUUUU